UCAAGGCCCAUUUUUGGCUCAAACUGUAGCCUGCGGCAUCCCGCGGCCAUGGCUCGAGUGCGUCGAGCUCCCUUGUCCUUUGUCGUCCUCCUGGGUGGCUGUGGCUUUCUCGGGACGCGGCUCCCGGCCACGAACCGUGUCCUUCGGCAUGCGUCAAAGCAACCCGUACUCGAAGCAGAGGAAGUGGAGCCAACUUCCUUCUCCAUGGUGGUGGGAGGUCCUGCCGCAGAGCCACAAAGAAAGGUGGCGAUGAUCACGGGCGCAUCCACUGGGAUUGGCCUCGCCACUGUGGAGGGCUUGGUGGCAUCAGGAAGAUACAGCACCAUCAUCAUGGCCGGGCGUGACCUGCAAAAGCAUCAGGAUGCUAUAGAGGGCUUGCGGGAGAAGAUGCCCAACCUCACACAGCCUGUGGAGCUGAGAUAUUUGCCGCUAGAUUUGGCUUCUUUGAAGUCUGUGAGGUCCUUCAAGGAGUCUUUCGAUGAGGUUUGCCAGCAACUUGACACCCUGAUCCUGAACGCUGGUGUGAUGGCUUUGCCUGAGCGCAAGCAGACGGAGGAUGGCUAUGAAUACCAGUUUGGAGUGAAUCACUUGGGGCAUUUCCUUUUGACCAACCUUCUGAUGGACAAGCUGGCUGCCAGUGGCAGUGGUGCGGAUCCUUCUAGAGUUAUUUCUCUGAGCUCGUCGGCUCACCAGAUCCCGUCCAAGCUCCUCAAGGGAGACCUUGGUAACCUGCAAUCCGACGAGUACACACCUUGGGGUGCUUAUGGCCAGUCCAAGUUGGCCAACCUCAUGUUCGCUUACGAGUUGGAUCGACGUUGUCGUGCAAAGGGCCUCCCCGUCACGGCGAACGCGAUCCACCCUGGUGUGGCGGUACCAGAUUCCAAGCUGGACACUUGA